CGUCACUUGAACUUCACCCCUCCUCCACUCCACCGAGGUUCACACAUACGGCACAUCGCACCCCGAUGGGCGCCCCCCUUAGUCCCCUACUUCCAUUCUUCCACAAAAAAACCCCGCGUCAUUCUCAAGAAUAAAUACUCCCUUCCCGUCGUCAACAUUUCCAGUCUCUUUUCCAGAUCAUCUCAUCAUCUCCUCUUCACUCUUCUCUUUUAUCGGCAUCCUCAUUUGAUACCCAGUACCCUCCCUCUCCUCUACAGCAUCUCAUAUAUCAUACACAAUGGCUCCCCUCACUGUUGAGCUGUCCACCCCUGUUACUGGUACCUACCAGCAGCCCAUCGGCCUCUUCAUCGACGGCAAGUGGACCGAGGGUGUCGACAAGCAGAAGUUCGAGGUCAUCAACCCCUCCACCGAGGAGGUCAUCACCUCCGUCUGUGAAGGUACUGAGAAGGAUAUCGACUUGGCUGUUACUGCUGCCCGCAAGGCUUUCGAAGGUGAAUGGAGAAGCACCUCACCUCAAGCUCGAGGCAACUACCUUCUCAAGCUUGCCGACCUUGCUGAGAAGAACCUCGAUCUCCUUGCUGCUGUUGAGUCUCUCGACAACGGAAAGUCCAUCACCAACGCCCGUGGUGAUGUCGGCGCCGUUGUUGGCUGCCUACGAUACUAUGGUGGCUGGGCCGACAAGAUCGAGGGAAAGACCAUUGAUAUUGCCCCUGACAUGUUCCACUACACCCGAUCUGAGCCUAUUGGUGUCUGCGGUCAGAUUAUCCCCUGGAACUUCCCUCUUCUCAUGCUGGCAUGGAAGAUUGGCCCUGCACUGGCCACUGGUAACACUGUUGUCAUGAAGACUGCUGAGCAGACUCCUCUCUCUGCCCUGGUCUUCACCCAGUUCAUCGAGCAGGCUGGAUUCCCUGCUGGUGUUUUCAACCUUGUUUCUGGCUUCGGCAAGACUGCCGGUGCUGCUCUCUCUGCCCACAUGGAUGUUGACAAGAUCGCAUUCACUGGUUCCACCGUCAUUGGCCGACAGAUCAUGAAGUCUGCUGCUUCCUCUAACCUCAAGAAGGUCACUCUUGAGCUUGGUGGCAAGUCUCCCAACAUCGUCUUUGACGAUGCUGAUAUUGAGGAGGCCAUCAACUGGGUCAACUUCGGUAUCUACUACAACCACGGCCAGUGCUGCUGUGCUGGUACCCGUAUCUUUGUCCAGGAAGGCAUCUACGACAAGUUCCUCGCUGCUUUCAAGAAGCGAGCUGAGGAGAACAAGGUCGGUGACCCUUUCAACGAGGAGACCUUCCAGGGCCCCCAGGUCUCUCAGCUACAGUACGACCGCAUCAUGGGUUACAUCAAGGCUGGUAAGGACGAGGGUGCUACCAUUGAGACCGGUGGUGAGCGCCUCGGCAACAAGGGUUACUUCAUCAAGCCCACUAUCUUUUCUAAUGUCCGCCCCGACAUGAAGAUCAUGCAGGAGGAGAUCUUUGGCCCUGUCUGCGCCAUUUCCAAGUUCAAGGACGAGAAGGAGGUCAUCGACCUUGCCCACGACACCGCCUACGGUCUUGCUGCCGCCGUCCACACCAAGAACCUCAACACAGCUCUCCGAGUUUCCAACGCAUUGAAGGCUGGUACCGUCUGGGUCAACUGCUACAACAUGUUGCACCAUCAGCUCCCAUUCGGAGGCUACAAGGAGUCUGGAAUCGGUCGGGAAUUGGGCGAGGCCGCGUUGGCAAACUAUACACAGAACAAGUCGGUUGCCAUUAAGCUGUACUAAGCAAAGCGGACUGGGCAUUUACGGAGGAUAUAUGGGCGGCGUUGUAACUGCGUGAUCAAUUUGUACAUGAUUCCAUAUUUAGUUUUACGGCUUUGACGAAGAAAUGCCAAAAAUUGAUAAAUCGUUCUCA